CCGAGCCUCCGGAUCGGGGCCGGGCGCGGCGUUGAGGCAUCCAGCGCCGGCCCCAGGAUGAGCACGGAAACGAGCGGCAAACCCCUGAAGGUGGGCUCCAGGGUGGAGGUCAUCGGGAAGGGGCACCGUGGGACCGUAGCCUACGUCGGAGCCACCCUGUUUGCCACGGGCAAAUGGGUCGGGGUCAUCUUGGACGAAGCCAAGGGCAAGAAUGAUGGCACCGUGCAGGGCAGGAAAUACUUCACCUGCGAGGAGAACCACGGCAUCUUCGUGCGGCAGUCACAGAUCCAGGUGUUUGAAGAUGGAGCUGACACCACGUCCCCAGAGACCCCCGAGUCGGCCGCGCUGAAGGUCCCCAAGCGAGAUUCCCUGGACGCCGCCAAAGGCAGCAAACUGCGUGGAGCCAAACCCAAAAAGGUGGUGCGUUUUUGACAGUCUGUGUGUUCCAUCCCAGCUGCAUGCAUCGCCUCGGGUGCAUCCCAGCCCUCCCACUCCAUCUCCGGCUGCAUGUCUGCUCAUUGCAUGCCCCCCCCCAGCCCAGCGCCUCUCCCCACGCAGGG